CACCGCCUCCGCGGGCGGCCGGAGGAGCCGGGAGCGGGCGGAGGCGGGCGAGGGGCGUGUUAAAAGCGGCGGCAGGUGAACGGGGAAGGACCUUAAAGCUCUGGGGUGGUGAAGCUGGGACUGGCUGCUCCUCAGGCAUCGCUAGAUUCACAUUAAGUCCUCGCUGCCCGCCCGGGGUGCCUGAGAGCUCCCGGCGGCGCCAACCUCCUCCAGAGGCUGCGGGCACUACUGAGGCAGCAGCUCUUCGUAAGCACGUUAUGUGAAGUACCCAUCCGGCUGAAAGCACCCAGCAAAAAGAGGCUUCCACAAUUACAGGUUAGACAAUUAAAAGGAGACAAUGGAUUGGGGAGCUCUGCAUACCGUUUUAGGAGGUGUAAAUAAGCACUCCACCAGCAUCGGCAAGAUCUGGCUCACAGUCCUGUUCAUCUUCCGUAUCAUGAUCCUCGUUGUGGCUGCAGAGAAAGUCUGGGGAGAUGAACAAGAUGACUUUGUCUGCAACACACUACAACCUGGUUGUAAGAAUGUUUGCUAUGAUCACUUUUUUCCCAUCUCUCACAUCAGACUCUGGGCCCUGCAGCUGAUCUUUGUUUCCACACCUGCGUUGCUGGUGGCCAUGCAUGUAGCUUACAGGAGGCAUGAGAAGAAAAGGCAAUUCAGAAAAGGAGACCAGAAAUGUGAAUACAAGGACAUUGAAGAAAUCAGAAAACAGAGGUUUCAUAUUGAGGGCUCCUUGUGGUGGACAUACACCAGCAGCAUCUUCUUCAGACUGGUCUUUGAGGCAGUCUUCAUGUAUGCAUUUUAUUUCAUGUAUGAUGGGUUCCGAAUGCCUCGUUUAAUGAAGUGUAAUGCUUGGCCCUGCCCCAACACAGUAGACUGCUUUGUUUCUCGACCUACUGAAAAGACAGUGUUUACUAUUUUCAUGAUUGCUGUGUCCAGCAUUUGCAUUCUUUUAAAUGUGGCUGAAUUGUGUUACUUACUGACAAAAUUUUUCCUCAGAAGAUCUAAAAAAGCUGCAAAUAAAAAACAGCAUCCCAACCAUGAGAAUAAGGAAGAAACAAAACAAAAUGAAAUGAACGAGUUAAUAUCUGAUAGCUGCCAGAACACAGUAAUAGGAUUUACAAGUAGUUAAGAUGGUGUCACUACUGGAGUUCACUCUUUUUGGAGUGAAGGUUCUUCAAAUAAAGGCUGCAAGUGAAAUUUGAUAUAUGAAAUAAUUUAAAUCAAGUGACACUUUGAUGCAUAGUGUCAGAUGUCAAUUAUUCAUGUCUGAAAAAACCUAGGGCAGCCUUAACAUGUGAAAAUUGUGAGGAUUACAUAGGAAAGUCUAUCUUCCUAUGAGUACCCUUACAAGCUAACUGUGACAAGUGGGAAACCCACUCAUGCCUUCAUGCAGACACAGCUCCUGAAAACUACAUGCAACAGCAAUAAGAACAAAUUUCUUUCCAAGCUAGGUAUUCUAGUUGUAUACCCAGUGUUUUGUAGUAGUGAUAGUUUUUACUUGUGAACUGACAAUUAAAAUAUUUUUCUAAAAUCUGAGAUUCCCUGUUACUUAAUGGUGUUAUGUAGUACACAGCUGACUGGUUUUGUUUGUGGUUUGUUUGUUUGCUUUUUUUUUCCCUUAACCAGGCAUAUGCAAAUGAAUCCUCUCAUCCCAUAUUCAUAGAGAGGAAACAGUGAUAGGCUGCAGCUUUUACAGCUUUGCAAGCACUGCUUGAGACAGUUGCUUAGAUGCUGCUGGCUGUGGGGAAGGCUGUGUGAAAGGCCAGCACAUUACAUGUGUGGGUAAUAGAGGUAGCUAGGUUCUGAGUGCAAAGUCAUGCCUAAAACCAGCAUGACAAUGUAGACACAGCCUAAGUAGACUCGCUUUAAACACCUAGCAGACCUGGUAAGCUUACCUAUAUUUUAACUGCGUACUGCCAGUUUUAUAGCAACAUAAAUAACUUCAUGUAAAUGUUCAUUUCUCUAAUGUAUUAGCUGUAUUUGUUGCUUUAUGCUCUAUCACAUCAUGGCACUUAACCUGAUUUUGAUCUGUUUGCUUUUUUUAUGGUAGUUUAUGGAUGGUGCUGUUAUGAAACUAGGGCCUCUUUGGUUUGAAGGACAUGGAAAACUAUCACUGGAAACAGAACAAGUCUUCUGAAUAAAAGGCAAACACUUUAACCUUU